AUGGCUGGCGCCGUACGACCUACCACAGUUGCGGUGGUUGAGUUUUUCGUGAGAGAGCUGGGUCCUCGACCAGCUGUGGUUUUCUGGUGUUUGCUGCUGACGACGGGGGGAAAAGAUCUGAGUGCCUCUAGCCGGCCUUUUGGUGUUGUUUUUUCUAGUUGGUUGUUGUGGUUUGGUUUGUCGUGGUUGAUUGGUGGUGCUGCUCCGGUGUUGGUUCGGUUGGGGCUUGGCGGGGUGUUGGUGGUUGACGGGUGGUGUCCCCAAGGACCCCAGCUGCAGAAGACUCUGGAGAGGCUAACUGGACAACAUACUGUUCCAAAUGUUUUUAUUGAGCAAAGUCAAGCAAAUUUCAAUUUGAGACUGGGGAAUAUAAGUUGUUUCUUAAUAGUAGACAUUCAAUCUGCUGGUCUGGUUUUAGUCCUGUAG